AUAAAAAUUCAAAUCUUACAUUAUCGAAUAAUUGGACUGCAAAUGGCAACUUCAAUAACACAGUCCUCACUCUCUGCAAUUUCUUCUUCAAUUUCUUCUUCCCGCUCUUAUUCUUCUUCAACUGCUAAUGUCUCCUUCCCGCGGUUUCCACGCAAAAUUCGGAAGUUGACCUGCAAAACAACGGUGAAUGAGACCGUACAAGGAGCUCCGGCGACUUACGCCAAAGCUAUGGAGCGUCUCUCCGCUAAAGAAUCGUUACUUCUCGCAUUUAAGGAUUCAGGUGGAUUUGAAGCGUUGGUGAGCGGAAAAGUGACGACAAUGCAAAGAAUUGAUGUGAAUGAGAGGAUUAUUGGUCUUGAGAGGCUUAAUCCUAGUCCUAGACCAACUACGUCACCGUUUUUGGAAGGAAGGUGGAAUUUCGAGUGGUUUGGAUCUGGAAGUCCUGGAUUAUUUGCUGCUACUUUUUUAUCUGAGAGGUUUCCUUCGAGUUUGGCGAAUUUGGCGAAAUUGGAUGUUGUGAUUAAGGAUAGUAAUGCUAAGGUUACUGCCAAUAUGAAAUUACUCUCAUCGAUAGAUAGCAAAGUUGUUUUGUCUUCCCAAUUAUCUGUGGAGGGACCUCUCAGAAUGAAAGAGGUAUAUGUUGAAGGAAUACUUGAGACACCAGCAAUAAUUGAAGAAAGUGUACCAGAACAGUUAAAAGCUGUACUUGGUCAAGCAAUGAGCAUAGCGCAACAACUUCCAGUUUCAAUCAGGAAUGCGGUUUCCAAUGGCCUAAAAAUUCCUCUAUCUGGGUCUUUCCAGAGGCUCUUUAUGAUCUCUUAUCUUGAUGAGGAGAUACUUAUUAUUAGGGAUACUGCUGGAGUACCUGAAGUUCUUACAAGGUUGGAUGCUUCUCCAUCUGCCACAAUGGCCAACACUGAAUACGAGAGUUAAAGAUACUGAUAUUUUAUUUUAUUUGCUUCUCAAACUUGUGAUACAAUGUAAAGUAUUUACAUGUCAAUCAUCACCCGUUUCAUUUUAUUAAGUUUUAUCUUUCCCACUCUGUAUUUCUAUCACAGUAAAGAGUCAAACUGUUACAUUUUCUCUUUCUCAAUAAUAAAGCCAAUGUUCGCUUUUAUCCUAA